UCUCGCGCGCCUCGCUGGCUGUCCCAUCUCCCCUCUCAGUAUUUCUGCCUCACCGAAGAUUUACCACAGACACAACCAUGGGGGGAAUUAACGCCUAGCCGCCCCCGCUCCAUUUUAUCUGAAUUUGUAGCGCCGCGUUUGGGUUUAUUCCCGGUAAAAAAUGGCGACGGGGGCAGGCUGGCAGCCUCCGUACAACACCUCGUCGAGCAACACCAAAUAUACCACCUCUCCAACGUCAAGCAUGUUUUACGACGGGAGUUUGACGCUGGAAUACACUCAAGACCUGCAUUUGAAGAUGAGCAAGAAGAUAGCACAGCUUACCAAGGUAAUUUAUGCUCUCAACACCAAGAACGACGAGCACGAGGAGGAAAUUGAGUCUCUGAAAGAAGCCCAUGAGGACGAGGUCCAACACAUUGUGACAGAAACCAGAGACAAGAUCAUGCAGUACAAGAGCAAAAUGGCGGACGAGGCGGACCUGAGGCGACGGUUGGCCAGUCUGGAGGAAUCUGUCGAACUCCACGAGCACAUGAAGAGACAGGCUUUAGCAGAGUUCGAGAUGUACAGACAGAGAAUGGAGGACUCGCAGCUCUGCACCGAGGCCCAGCACACACAGAGAGUGGUUUCUAUGAGCAGAGAGGUGGAAGAGAUGCGUCGGGAUUUUGAGGAGAAGCUGCGAGCGUUCAGCCAGACUCAGGCCCAGUUUGAGGCAGAUAAACGGCGAGCGCUGGAGGAGCUGAGGGCCACCCACCGGCAGGAGGUGGAGGAACUGCGCAACAACCAGCAGAACCAGAGCGCCUCCUCCACUGAAGACCAGGAGAAACUGGCUGAGCUUCAUAGACAAGAGGUGGAGUCUCUGAUGGAGAGAGUUGAAGAAUUUUCAAAGGAUAAAGUCCGUUUGGUGGAAGAAUAUGAGGCCAAGCUGGCCAAGGCUCAGGAAUAUUAUGAGAGAGAGCUGGAGGCCAUGAGGCGGACACACCAGCUCACCACCGAGAACCUGCUGGCCUGGAAGAGGACGGAGGUUGAGCUCCGGAAGGAAUUCCAGGCUCAGGAAGCGGCGCUGCAGCGUUCACUAUCCAAGCUGAGGAGUGAGCUUCAGAAAGCCCAGGAGGAGGCCCGGGAGAAUCGAGACAAGACCAACAGACUGCAGACAUCGCUGGCCAAUGCUGAGGGAACCAUUAAGAACCUGCACAAGCAGCUGGAGGAAGCCAUCCAGGAUGGCGAGAUCUGGGUGAUGCAGCUGAAGGAUACGGAGUAUGAACUGGAAGGCAGCAGGGAACGGGUUCAGCAGCAAGCUACGGAAAUCCUCCACAAAGCCAGUCAGAUUGGUUCCUUGCAGGCCACUCAGAUGGCUCAUGAGGCCACCAUUAGGAACCUGGACCAGGAACAGAGCCGCCUCAAGGAAAAGAUCAGCAGGCUGGAGGAGGAGAGGGAGGCACUGCUCAAUCAGAACCAGGCAUCCAACGAACAGCACAAACAACAAGUGCUCAAGCUAGAGCAGUCUCUGCGUGAGGAGCACCAGGGCUAUGAGAAGGAGCUCUCCAGGUUGAGAGCACAUUAUGAGGAAGAGACACAUCGCUUUAGGGAGGCACAGGUCAGAGCACUGGAUGAGCUGGAGGAAAAGCACCAGGCCAUGAGGGAGGAAGCCCAGCAGGAGAAAGAGGAAGAGAAGAAACUUCUCAUUACGAAACUGAGUCAGGAGUUUGAAAUUAAACGUCUGUCAUUAGAGGAGCAGAGAAACCGUCUCCAGCAGCAACUGGACAACUUGAAAGAGGAGCUCUCGGCCAAACUCAACAUAGCAAAUCAGGAAGUGUCCCACCUCCAGGAGCUUGUGAGAGAAGGAGAGCAGAACCUGAGCUCAGCUCAGACACAGAUCACCUGUCUGAAGGAAACUCAGGAGAAACUCAGGAUAGAGUUGGACGCCACCAGAGCCCGGGUCCGAGAGACCAGCAACCUGCUGACUGACCUGCAGGAGGAAAUUGAGACCCAGAAGCAGCAGCAUGAGGCCAGAGUGAUGUCCAUCAGAACGGAGGAGAAACAGAAGAUGGACAAGAUGGCAGAUGACUUGGAUCAAAAAUGGAGAGAUGCACUCCGGGAAGAAGUGCGCUUGUUGAAGGAGGAGCUGAAUGAGGAGUAUGAAGCAGACAAACAGGCAGCGCUGACUCAGCUCUCCCAGCAGAAGGAGCUGGAGAUGAUGGCGGCAAGAGAGGGCUGGCAGAGGAAGGUGGAAGACCUGCUGGAACAGAUCUCUCUGCUGAAACAGUCCCUGGAGCUGCAGUUGUCUCAGUCUCAGUCCGCUCUCCAGCAGCUGCAGUCUCAAUUCAACCAAGAGAGAGAGCUGCUGAGCCAACAACUUAAAGAGAUGCAGAGAGAACAUCAGAGGAGGGAGCAUCGGUUACAGGAGGCUCACUGCUGUGCCCUCAGCACCAUGGAGGAAGCCAGACAGCACCAGAUAAGAGCCCUUGAGGAGCGUCUGAAGCAGGAGCAGAGGGAGGAGGUUCAUGCUCUGAAGGAGGCCCACAGGAGGACCUUAGAAAUCCUCAGGCAGCAGUCAGAUCAGGAGCUGCAGACUCUGCGAUUUGAGCUGGAGGAUGAGGGGAAAGCAAAGCUGGCUUCUCUUCGUGCUGAGCUGAACCACCUUCAUGCCGCAGCUAUAGAGCAUCUCAAACAGAUCCACAUUAAAGAACACACUUCAGCCAAACGGGAGCUGGAAAAAGCCCUGGAGCAUUGCCACCAACAGGAACAAGAACUCCUGGUUCGAAUCUCUGACCUAGAAACGGAGGUGUGCUCCCGUAGCAACCGCAUCACUGAUCUGGACCAUGAGAUCCACUCCCUUAAUGAAACUAUUGACACUCUAACCAGAGAGCUGGAACUGAAGGGCAAAGAAGUGCUUCGGGUUCGCAGUGAAGCCAACCAUCAGAUAAGAGCCCACGAACAAGACCUUGCAAAGAGGCAUGAGAGGGACCUGGGGGAGCUACAUGCAAUUCAUCACAGAGAAACACAGAUCAUCUUGGCUGAUUUCAACAAGGCUCAGGAGGUUCUCAAAGACAAGAUUACUGCUCUACAAAUACUGUUGGAGGGGACGGAGGAGAAGUUAAGAAAUAGAGAAAGCCGACCAGAAGACCUACAUCUUAUAGCAGAACUCAGAGAGAUGGUCACCGAGAGAGAAGCUCUGGUCAAAAAGCUGGUGGAUGAUAAGAAGUUCUACCAGUUGGAGUUGGUCAACCGAGAGACGGGCUUCAACAAGGUCUUUAAUUCCAGUGCCAACGUUGGUGUCAUUAACCCUCUCAUCAAGUCAAAAACAGGCGGCCAAUCAGAUCACCGCCUCAACAGCUUUCCUAGCCAGUCAGCUCUCCGAUUCGUCAGCCCUCCCAUCGUCAGUCAUGAAGGCCAGGAAGAGGAGGGACCGGAGGUGGAGGAGCAUCCUCCUCCUCCUCUUUCUUCUCCUCAUCCUCCACAUCCUCCCAUGCCAAGCCUUGCUCCUCCUCAUGCUCCUCAGGAUCCAUUUGUGCAGCAUCAGUGCCUACAAAGCUUUAGGAGCCUUCCUGAAGCCAACACUGUAACACCACCAAACCCGAGGGGGACGGAGGCGGGAAAAAGCAGAGAAUAUAUUACAAAAGAAGAGGAGCAGUACUCCAAGUACUUCUCUUUCUGACCGGCAAAAAAUAACACCCCAAUUCUGUCAAAAACAUGUUUUAAUGGGACAGAGAGCUAAAGUUGGACAGCAAUCAAACUGUAGGAUUAGAGAGUUAUGUGAUGGAUGCAGAUGGGUUUCAAACAUCCAGUCCUAAUCACAGUACUCCCAUCAUGCAUUGAGAUUGCAAUGGGACUUUAGGGCUUCCAUACAUGGUGAGUUUGAUGAAUAGUGUGUCUUGUUAGUGCGUCAUUGUGAAAGUGUGAGUGGUGAGCAGAUGGUAAUUGUCUCAUCGUUGAGACCUUAUGCAAGUCUGCAAAGCGUGACAUUUUUAUGGGCUCUAUCAGCUUAAACUUGCUGUUACUUUCAAGGUAAACUGACACUGGCUGAUUAGGCAAAUUAGUUAUUGUAAAUAAUGUUCAUGAGCCUGCAUGACUUUAAAUUAACCUGUAGCGCCUCCCUGAGGGCAGAAUGUUAAACAGGUGGUUGUUGUGGUGAGACCAUUACUGGGAGUUUUUGAUGUCCUGCAGUGAGGGUGAGACCAGUUAAUGAUUUUUUUGAGGACCUCCUGUAGUGCUUCCAUGUCAGCUGCUGAGCUGCCGACAUAACCAGUAAGUCAGGAUGCAUCAAAUGCAGAGCAGUAAAAGGCCACCAGUAGCUUUUCAACCAUGUUGUUCCUUAUUACUCUCAGAAGUGCAGACACUGCUGUGCCUUUUGUACAACAGCUGUGAAGUUAGAGGACGUUUCCUGGAAUUUAAAGCUGUGAACUCUUUCCACACAUGAAGAAGAGAGAGAGAGAGGGAGGGGGAUCUGCUCUGCACAUCCUGCAGUCUAAGAUGAUUUCUUUCAUUUUCUUUGUGGUCAGUGUCAGAUUGUUUACAGAGCACCACGUUGUCAAACCUCUGGAUCUCGUCUCUGUAGGCUGAUUCAUCAUCUCCUGAAAUAAGUCCACCCACUUUUGUGUCUUCUUCAGAUUUUAUGGUUAAGAUGGAGUUAUUGUAACAUAACUUUAGCAGGUUCAGGUCAUAUCAAGGUAAUCUGCUUAAGCAUCAUAAGACAUGUCUCGACAUUGUAGUACAGUUUUAAAAAGGCAUAAACACAAACCAUCUAAAGUCAUCUAAAGUUAGAACAAAGAGUAAGGAAAUUUGUAUUUGCUUGAUUAUUUUUCUGCUUUGAUAACACCAGUUUGUGUUGUAAAACGCAUCAUUGGAAAGCCUGAUUAGUCAGCUUUACAACAAGAUAUAACUUUUAAGGAUUAUGUGAAUAUCAACAGGAAAAUACUGCUGAGGAUUUUGGCAUAUUUUUGGUAGGCAUGAGCCUACAGGUUUUGCUGUAUUGCUUAUUCCAAAGAAGCAUGAUCAUUGCAAGUUAUACCUUCUUGUAAAGGUGACUAGUCAGGCUUUCCAAAGAUGUAUAAUACAACACCAACUGAUAUUACUAAAGUGAAGCAAUAAUCAACUAAUUCACUUUCUCAAAUUCUUCUCAUUUUGUUUCACUGACAUAGUCCUAUACAGUGCAAUAUAUUGUAGUCCAAUUAUAUUCCAAUUACAUCUGCAAUAAUCCAGUUUAUUCAAUCCCCCGUCCUGAGAAAGCACGUGGCGGGGAAACAGAAGGAUGUCCAG